AUGCUCUCAUCUCCCGCUGCCACUGUUCUCUCGGGCUAUCUGACGCGGAAUGCCAAGAUACCCCCGGUGUAUCCCAUCAACGUGACUGAUGGACUGCAGGUGCUUGGCGUCUGCUUGAUGUGCUCACUACCAGUCGACUCGACAGAUAUGCCUGACGCACAAUACGGUUACGAAGUCUUGAUGGGUGUUGGCUUUGGGUUAGAUCUGACUACUGUCUUGACCUUCGCUCGUAUUGUGGUCUCUGAAUCUAAUCUCUGCGGUACGGUAUCGCUAGCCAUGUGCGCUACCAUUCUCAAUAACCAUUUGAGACCAAAAUUGACCGAUAUCGUAUCCACAGAACAAGCAGCAGCAAUCUUCGACUCCGUGUCUGUUAUAGAAAAUCUCGAUCCGUCUCAGCAAGUGGCUGUAAGAAGGGCCUUUGCUGAAGGUUAUAAUUGGCAGAAUAUCUUCAUGGCAGCCAUGGCAGCUGCUGGCUUGAUUGCGUCGUUGUUUCUGUGGGAGAAGAGUUCGCGCAAAGCAGAAUAG